AACUCGCCACUGGUUAGAUGAUGGAGCGGCGCUUGCAGGCGGCAGCAGCAGAAGCAUCUCGUUAACACACCUCAAUGAAAGCGGCAGUGGAAACGGAUGGGGAUAAAGACGUAAGCAGGCUAACUAUAGCUGCUGUGUAGCGAGAUGGGAUGUAACCUGCUCAGAUCAAGGCUGCGAGGUGCGUAAUCCCCAGGGUUAGCCUAUUGUGGAGAGGAGAUCGCAGUCAGCAUUGCCACAGGUGACUUGGUUUCCUGCUUACAGUUGCUUUGAGAUCCAGGCUAUUUUUAAAAAUUCUUAUUUUAAAAACCUCCACCUCCUCCCCUUGAUACCAUCUGUAGAAGGAAGAUUAACAAUAAAAAUACUAUUACGAUUAUUAAUAAAAAUUGAAAAGUGACUUCCCAUCACCUCUGCUCCCCUUACUCCGAGAGAGACAAGAGACAUGGUUUACCCCUUACUCCUUUGCUUCCUGCUUGCUCAGCUGGGAUUGGGAGCAGCCGGAUCCAGCCGUGACCCACCAGGGCGCCUGGAGCCCCAUCGAGAAAGGACCCUUAGAGGGAAGCAGCAUGGCCAUCAGUCCGCCCGAGCCUCAGACACUUCGACUCUCUGGAGCGGGUCCAUCGACAGCACCAUCUUGGCGCAGAAACUCUCCGAGGAGGUGCCCACGGAUGUGGCCUCUUACCUCUACACUGGGGACUCCCAUGAACUGAAGCGAACCAAUUGCUCCGGCCGCUUGGAGCUGGCAGCAGGCCUGCCGGGGAAGUCCCCCGCCAUGGUCAGCCUGCACCCCUCCUUGCACGGGGCGAUGGACACGCUUAUCUACGCCACCAACUUCCUCAACAUGAUCAAUAAGUCACUAGAACAGAACUUGCAGGAGGACCUGGAGUGGUACCAAGCGCUGAUCCGGAGCAUCUUUGACGAUGAGCCCAGCAUCUCACGGGCAGCCAUUACCUUCAGCCCCGAGUCACUGUCCUCUCCAGCCCCCCAGAUUCUCCUUCAGGCCACUCGGGGGGAGAGUCGAAUCCUCCUCCAGAACCUGUCCUCCUCUGCUCACCAUUUGGCCAACUCCACCCUGGAGACCGAAUGGUUUCACGGCCUGAGGCGCAAAUGGAGGCCCCAUUUACACCGCCGAGGUUCCAACCUGGGGAUCCGGGGUCUGGGCCACAGCUGGAGGUUCCGGGACAGUUCAUGGGGGGAAAAGAACCAGGUCAGAUGGUCUCUGCCGUACCUGGAGUGCGAGAACGGGAGUUACAAACCUGGCUGGUUGGUCACUCUCUCCGCAGCUUUCCACCGGUUCCAGCCUAACGUGGUUCCCGAAUUCAGAGGUGUCAUGAAAAUUGACGUAAGUCUUCAGAAGGUGGACAUUGACCAGUGUUCAAGUGAUGGCUGGUUUUCAGGAACUCAUAAAUGCCAUUUGAACAGUUCAGAGUGCAUACCAAUUAAAGGCCUUGGAUUUGUGCUUGGAGCCUAUAAGUGCAAUUGCAAAGCAGGAUUCUAUCAUCCCCGUGUCUUUUCAGUGAACAGCUUUCAGAAUCAUCAUUUUCCUGGGGAUGAGAAGCUGGAGGAAGUCCACAUCUGCUUGCCAUGCAGGGAAGGCUGCUCCUUUUGUGCUGAUGACAGACCUUGCUCUGCCCAAGAGGACAAGUAUUUACGGCUGGCCAUUCUCUCCUUCCAAAUCCUGUGUAUGCUGCUUGAUUUCAUUAGCAUGUUGGUUGUCUACCACUUUCGCAAAGCAAAGAGCAUCAGAGCAUCGGGACUGAUCCUUUUGGAAACAAUUCUUUUUGGGUCUCUGCUACUGUACUUUCCAGUUAUCAUUUUAUAUUUUGAGCACAGGCACAUUUCGCUCGCACUCCUCUAAGAUGGGUUCGCUCUUCUGGGCUUUGCUACUGUUUAUGGAACUGUGACUCUCAAGCUUCACAGGGUUUUGAAGGUUUUCCUUUCACGAACAGCUCAGCGUAUCCCCUAUAUGACCGGUGGUCGAGUCAUGAGGAUGCUGGCAGUAAUUCUCCUGAUAGUAUUUUGGUUUCUCAUUGGUUGGACUUCAGCUGUCUGUCAAAAUUUGGAGAGGCACAUCUCACUCAUUGGACAGGGGCGAACAUCAGACCACCUCAUCUUUAACAUGUGCCUCAUAGACCGCUGGGAUUACAUGACAGCAAUUGCUGAAUUUUUAUUCCUCUUGUGGGGUGUUUAUCUCUGCUAUGCAGUUCGGACAGUCCCAUCAGCAUUUCAUGAGCCACGUUAUAUGGCUGUUGCAGUUCACAAUGAGCUCAUUAUCUCGGCUAUAUUCCAUACAAUUAGAUUUGUUCUUGCUUCAAAACUUCAGUCCGACUGGAUGCUGAUGCUAUUUUUUGCACAUACCCAUUUGACUGUGACAGUCACCAUUGGGUUACUUUUGAUUCCAAAGUUUUCACAUUCAAGCAAUAAUCCAAGAGAUGAUAUAGCAACAGAAGCAUAUGAAGAUGAGCUUGACAUGGGCCGGUCAGGAUCCUACUUGAAUAGUAGUAUCAAUUCAGCCUGGAGUGAGCACAGCUUGGACCCUGAAGAUAUCCGGGAUGAACUAAAGAAACUCUAUGCCCAGCUGGAAAUCUACAAGAGGAAGAAAAUGAUUACAAAUAAUCCACACCUCCAGAAAAAGCGGUGCUCAAAAAAGGGCCUUGGCCGUUCCAUCAUGAGGCGCAUCACUGAGAUCCCAGAAACAGUUAGCAGACAGUGCUCUAAGGAGGAUAAGGAGGUCAUGGACCACAAUGCAACCAAAAAUGCCAUCAUUGUGAGGAAAAACCCUCAAGAGUCCUCCAGUGCCACUGUGAAGGCCAAGGAAGAGUCUCUGAAAAACCGUGUCUUCUCCUUAAAGAAGUCCCACAGCACUUAUGAUCAUGUUAGAGACCAGUCAGAAGAGUCCAAUAGCAUACCAACAGAAAAUGAAGAAGUAGAGACCACAGAGAACUCUCUGCUGGACUCCCUUCCAGGUAAAAAAAUCAACAAGCGGAUUACAGAAAAUAUAGAGGCUUCAUCCACGGAGUCAGUCCCAUUGGUGUGUAAGUCAGCAAGUGCUCACAACCUCAGUUCAGAGAAGAAGCCUGGAAAUCCAAGAACAUCUGUGUUACAAAAGUCCCUCAGUGUUAUAGCAAGUGCCAAGGAGAAGACUCUUAGUUUGACUGGGAAAACAUCAGUUCAAGGCCUGGAAGAAAAUGACAGAUCCCCCAAACCACCACUCAAAGGCAAAGAGUUCAACCGAAAACAUUCCAACCCUGAUAAAAUAGAGACUAAAGAUUCUGCCUGGAAAAAUUCCACUCAUUCUGAAGAGCCAAGGAAACCCCCCAAAUCUGGAAUUAUGAAACAACACCGGGUGAGUGCACCCACUACCAAUUCUGAAACAGGCCCAGGCUUGUUAAAGGAUAACUUUGACAUUGGGGAAGUGUGUCCUUGGGAGCUUUAUGACUUGACACCAGGUCCUGUGCCUUCAGAAUCAAAAGUUCAGAAACAUGUGUCUAUUGCAGCUUCUGAAAUGGAGAAAAACACACCUCCCCACCCAAAGGAGAAAUCUCAGCACAAGCCUAAGCCCAAUGAAGGCUAUCAGCCAUCCAAUCAGAAAAGCAUUGACAAGGCUGAGGUGUGCCCUUGGGAGAGCCCAGAACAGUAUGUGUUUGAAGAGGAAAAACAGCAUUUGAAUGCUAAGACUCAGGUUCUCCCUGGGGGUGGGAAAGGAGAGAAUGGCAGUCAACAUCCUUCAACCAAGCUUUGUGUAGGUCAAUAUGAUGAACUGCCCUCCAAAGUUGUAGCAUCAAAAGCAGAGAAAGAAAAUACCAACCAAAUAGGAGACCAGAAAAAAAUGCCAUCUUCCUCUGAGGGAAAUGUGCUUUCAUCUGCCUCUUUUAACUCAAGUAAUAACUUUCAGCAGCCUUUAACAUCCCGAGCUGAGGUGUGUCCCUGGGAGUAUGAGACCCCAGGCUUACCAAAUGCCGAGAGAAGCGUAGCCUUGUUGGCCUCUUCUGCUUUAAGUGCAAAUAAAACACCAACAGCCCGCAAAUAAGAGGUUUGGGACACUUUUAUAGUGUAGAAUGCCCAUAAAGGAAUGUUGUGCAAAAGGAAAAGAGAAAGGAAGAAACCCUGAUAUCAACAUCCAAAAAAGAUUAGGAGGGUCUGAGAAUUCCCAAGGAGCACUUGUUCAUCAAGGAGGGACAAUGGAAAACCAUAAGGUUGCAACAAGGGUAGACGAGUUUGGAGUUGGAGAUCUGAAAGAUACCUUGGGAACAAAUAGCAGAGUGACAACUUUCCCACUUCUCUCUACGCCCCCCCCCCGCCCCGAAAAAGUAAUUUAUUUAAUAAUAUAGAGAAAAGUUGCAAAUAUGAGACGUCCCAAAAGUCUUAGUGGUUUUAACACUAAGAUUUUGGGGGAUACUAUGUAUUUAAAGGAAAUGUUUGUUACCCUUCCCCAUCACCCAUUGAAAUUUAGCUUUGAAGAAACAAAUGGAGGGAAUUCUAAAUUAUACAGAAAGAGUUUGGAAAAAAAAAUGAAGAAAUGAAGAAAAGUUGUAUCCUUGAGCAGCUGACUGAAAUGAACUUUUCACUUUACUCAUUUAACCUUGAUAGCACUGCUAACUUAAUGCAUCCCAAAAAUACAUUUUAUAUUACUGAUUGCUGUCAUUUUCUUAUAAAUGUAUGUUUCAGUACAUUGUUGUGUCUCAUAUUCAAGCAUUCCAGAUUGUAUAAUUUUUGCAAAUAACUUUGAUAUUAUGUGACACAACAACACAUUUAUGCAAUCUUCAGAUAUUCAAUUGUUAUUGCAACUUGCAACAUACCUGCUAUCUACAACUUUGGUUCAUUUCUAGAAGUUCAGUAAGCUUUCCCUGGCUUGGGAGGCCAUAAUUUGGUAUGAGAAAAUUCUUUGGUUUUGGCUGUGAUUUAUCUUGUGAAUUUUAGUUUGACUCUAUUAUUUCACCUCAUAGUUUGAUAUGGUAUUAUUCAAGGUUUUUAUGCAAGAAAAGUUACCUGUUUUGCACUUCUAUGUUAGCACUCAGAAGCUCUAUUGAUAUUGGAGAUCAAGUGGUCCUACUUAGCUGUGUAUUUCAAUGAGUUAAGGACAACUUAUCCAUUGUUUGUCACAAGCCAGACAUUAAACCAGUUGUUCUGGUUAAUCCUCAAUCACUAUUAUUUUUCUCAGUAUUUCAUACUUAGCAUCCCUAUACAAAGGAAGAGCUAAGGAUGAGGAAAAUAUGCUUUAAAUUAUUUUUUUGAAAGAGAAGAGUCUAAGGAAUGAUAUUAUUCUAGUUAUAGCUAUUCUAUACAACCAGAAAAUCAGCCUUUUCAGAGGAAAGACAUCGGGAGGUAUUCCCUGAGAGCGCUUUCAAGGGAUUAUUUUUUUAAAGAACUGCUAAGAAAAAUUGGGUUCGCAUCUAGAUCAUUUAAUGAAUAUUUUCUAAUUAUGCAUAUUGAAUGUAAAGUCAAUUCCUCUACCUUAUUUACUUAGACUCCCUCAUUUGUUCAGGUAGGAACAUCACUUUUUUUUUUUUUUUUUUAGUGAGGUAAUUGGGGUUAAGUGACUUGCCCAGGGUCACACAGCUAGUAAGUGUUAAGUGUCUGAGGCCGGAUUUGAACUCAGGUACUCCUGACUCCAGGGCCGGUGCUCUAUCCACUGUGCCACCUAGCUGCCCCAGGAACAUCACUUUUUCAGUUCAAUCUUAGGUUCAGAACCCUACUUUAAUUUCUACAAGGUGAGGUUGGUCCUUCAUUCUCUUAAACACUGAGGAAGUUCCCUACCUUAUGACUUCCCAUUGUAAUAUGUCUGUACUGGAGCUAAAAAUAAAAAGCCCUGCCUCAAGACAAAACAUUCCACUGGCAUGUUUUCUAAAAGUCAUUCUUUUCUAAUGGCCAUAGGAUUGGGGAGUGCUGAAAACACUAGGCUGCUAAGCUCCAGGAGGCGGCUAAGCAAGUCAAAUAGUUGCCUAGGGUGUAACAUGUAUGGAAGGGCAAAAAGGGAUAUUAUAAUAUUAUUUUUAUGAAUGCACAUAUUUCAAUGCCAGAAAAUUGAUCUCUAGGAUAUGUAGAGGUUUAUUUUAUGAUAAAGUCCCAUGUGUUAUACUGAAGGCUCAAAGUUACUUUGAGAUGGCAAUAGUGUCUAGCACAUAAUAAGUAAAUGCUUGUUGGCUGAUUGAAUGACUAACACCAAGCGACAGGCCAGCUAUAAUCCUCAAACCUUGUCUUGAGUACGCAGUUGCUUUGUCUGGGCUCUGGUCUGAUUUCUGGCUGCCAGGAUGACCUUGGUAGCUUCCCAUAUAGGUUUAGCGUUAUUUUAUUACAAAAAAAAAUAAAACUUGAAAAUGUAUUUUAAUUUAAUUAAAAUUUAACAGAUAUCACCUUGUCUGUUCCAAACAUAGUAGUAUGUCAAGUGCCUACUCUGCCCUUUUCAUUUCUAACUCAAAUGAUUGGGUUUCAUUUAGCCAGGGAAUGUGGACAAAAUUGAAGACGAAGAAAGGAACAAAGGAAUUUCAAACAGGAAACAGGAUGCCCUUGGAGAAGCCUAUCCCUAAAGGGAUGGCACAGGAGCCACGUGUUCUCUUCCUUUCCCAUUAAAAUCUCCCCAGCUCUUUCGUUCAGGAAUAAGUCUCAAGUAGGGACCUCUCUACUACCCUACACACUAUCCAUGUGCCCUGUAUGAUGAUUUGUCUGCUUAUUGCUUUACUCAGGUUGGUAAGCCAAGAUCAAGUGGAAUUUAAGAGAAUCUAUUUUUUUUCUCCAUAGCACGGUCCCUUCCCCCACACUAUAUCACUCAAGAUAUGCCCUUGUGAGGAUCUUGAAAGUACUAUUUUUUAAAAGUUACAUUUGUUCCCUAGGCUAGUGGGGUUUGAGCCCAAUGAGUCAUUUCUCAUAUGCCUCAGUUUUAUUACAACUUAUCUUCCAAAAAGUAAGAAGUCAAGCAUCAUUGAUCUGUCUAGAGACAUGCUAAAUUAGACCUAUGUGAUAUUCUCUGACCCACAGUUGUUCUCCAACAGUGUAAUGUUCAGCCAAGAGAAUUAGAAUUUAGAAUUGUUAAAGCAUUUACUAUCAGAAUCAAUCAAAACAAGAAGUCAACAAACACCAAGGUUACAAACAUUUGUUAGGUUGUCCUUCUGUGCAUGUAUGGGCUGCAUCAUCACUCCUUUGUUUCUAAUCCAGGUUUAUGAGUAAAUAGAUUUAUGCCAACCUUAAUAGACUUGUAUGUUUUAUGCAAGAAUUAAAUGCUUUAAGACAUGAAUAAAUUACUCAACCCAUCGUACGCUUUGAUGGCCAUAUGGAUUGGAAAAUCGACAACACUUUUGUAUUUGCUCCUUAGGUUUCUGCAUGCGAGCAAUGACAGGUAGGACUGAAAACACUGCCGUUUGACUUCUAGCAUCAUAGCUACUGAGAGUUGUAGAGUCAAUAUCACUGUAAGUCUAUUCACUUUAUUCUGUGGUUCUAAAACUAUUAUCUGGCAACCUACAGCAUCCAACAGGAAAUAUUUGGUAGAUUUAUGUUGUGAUGUGUUGCAGCAUGUAAAUAAUAUAACUUCUCUGCAAUAAAGCACAUUUAUAUUAA